CGGGUUGCUAGGAGACAGGAUGUGUCCAUGUUGCCGAGGCACAGGGAGGGUAUUUAGAGGAAUAAGCCCCAAAACACAAUAAAGAAGUAAAUGUAGCUUCGUUUGUGAAUCGAAGGUUAUCGACUGUCAUGGUGAAGCUGAGGGCGAGGUGUCUGCUCCUCGGUGAUGCUGCAGUGGGGAAAAGCGCUCUCUCUCACAUCUUCUACAGUGAUGGCACUCUCUUCCAGAAGAACUACAGCAUGACAACAGGCGUGGAGCUGCUGAUGAAGUGUGUCAACAUCCCCGAGACCACUGACAGCGUGGAGCUCUACAUUAUCGACACUGCAGGGAAGGAGACGUUUGUGGAGGCCUGCAAGAAGAUGUGGGGCGAGCCUUCGCUGCUCUGCCUGGUGUUUGAUCUGACCAGCGAACAGUCCUUUGCAAACUGCAGCCGCUGGAUGGAACGAGUCCAGCCCCACUGCAGGGGUCUGCAUGUUCCAGGUGUUCUGGUGGGGAACAAGUCCGAUCUGUCUGCCAGACGGGAGGUUCAGGCGUCGGUGGCCUCGGAGUGGGCCCAGAGCCAGGGAUUGGACUACCACGAGACUUCAGCGAAGGAGCUGGAGAACUGCGACGCGGUGCUCCUGAGUUUAGCCCGAGCCUUCCACUCCCUCUACCAGGAGCGCCGCGAGGCCGUUCAGAACCUGAGUCCAGGCUGAAACCCUGACCUCUGACCUCUCACACACACUCAGACAGAAGAUGAGAAGAUGGAACACGCUGACGGACAAUGCAGAUUUUUUUUUUACUUUUUUUUUUAUGUGUUCAAGCUGUAUGUCUUUAACAUGUCUAUAAA